UUUUUUUUUUCCUUUCAAUUAUGAAAACUCCGUUACUCCCAUAUUUUUUAUUUCAGACUAUGGCAUCUCGGUAAGUAUUAUCUAUGAAAAAAAAAAAGAUUAAUCCUUCCUUUUAUUAUUACUAUUAUUAUUGAUUUUUCCUUUCUUUCAUCAUCAUAGCAUAUAUGCUUUUUUAUGUUGUUAUGUUCCAACGUCUGAUUAUUUUAGAGUCAGAUCGUCAUUCACGAUGGAUCAAAUUAGUUGGUCUAUUGUUGAUUGGUGUUCGAUUUGCAGAUUGGCCUUAUGAACUUAUUGCUCAUCAACUCAAUACUGACACAUCAAAUUCUCAGUCUAUCUUUACAGGGGGAAGUUGUUGGGCUCAAUGGCAAUUAGGUGUUCUCAUAGUGAAUUUUAUUGGUGAUGCUGUUGCCAAUAUCUUUCUAAGUGGCAUGUUUGUUCGUCGCCUCUAUAAGCAUAUACGAUCUACACAAUCAAGUGGUACACCUCAAAACAAAAUGAUCUCUUACAUUGCUCGCAAGUCUUUGUUAUGUUUGAUUCUCACAUUUUUUGUCAAUUUGGCUAUGAAUUUACUCAAAGUAACCACUUUCCUUGGAGAAUAUUCUGAUGCGUUUACUGUAUUUUUUGAAUUGGCUGAAUCGACCUUACUUGUUGAAGCGUUACGUGUGGAUGAUCAAUUGAAAGCCACAGUGGGAUGUUCUCAAUGUGGCAAAUCAUCUGGUCGAGUCGAUAGUGGUCGUCAUCCACCACCAUCUCAAAAACGUAGUAUGUUAGCUCCCUUUGGUUCUUUUGAUUUUGUACCCUUGGAAGAACGACAAUCACCUAAUGAUCCUUUUCGAUAUCAACCUAGCAACCAUCCUAUAUCUUCUUCUUCCUCGACUGGACGACGUGUUACUUAUUCUGAUGAUGACACUCUUCGAAUGCGAUCUUCUAUGGAUCCACCUACAACAUCGACUAAAAUGGAUACUACUGGUUAUGUUUCCACCAAGAAUAAUGAUGAUGAUAAUGAUGAUUUUUUGAUGUCACCUACGAAAUUUGCUCAAGCAAGUCCUUUGACAUCACCACCUCCAACACAACUUCAUCAUCAUCAUCAUGAAGCGAACGAUAUCGUACGGCCUUUGGAUACACUAUCAAGUUCUUUGGUUUACCAUCCGGAAUGGAAUAGCAAUGAUUAUAGAACAUUUUGAUAUAUCCCUUUCUUUUAUUUUAUAUCUUUAUUUUAUAUAUUUAUUGUAUUUUAGUCUUAGUUUUACUCUUUCCCAUUAUUAAUAAUUAUAAUAAAAAAAAACCCAACAGAAUCUUACCAAAAAAAAAA